AUGAAUUAUCCAAUUCCAUCUAUAGAUAAUCCCUUUGGUAUCAAUUUAUGGGACCAUUUUGAUUCAAUAAUCUCUCUUGUAACUUUCAACAAGUUUGUUCCUUCAAAGUUUGUCUUCGUUCCUGGCAAUCAGCUUCUAUCAACCCUACCCAUAGUUCUAUCCUCCAUCUCUCUAUACUAUUUCAUAAUCUUUGGUGGCAGCUACUACUUGAAAAAAAAUUCCUUCAAACCUUUAAAACUAUCCCUCUUAUUCCAACUACACAACCUAAUUCUAACUUCAAUCUCCUUCAUCCUACUAAUCCUAAUUGUCGAACAACUAGUCCCAAUCAUCUUUAAAAAUGGCCUCUUCUAUUCCAUCUGUAACAUAAACUCUUGGACCCAACCUCUAAUCACUCUCUACUACCUAAACUACCUCACUAAAUUCAUUGAGUUUAUUGACACCUUUUUCCUAGUCGUCAAACAGAAAAAAUUAACCUUUCUACACACCUAUCACCAUGGCGCAACUGCUCUCCUAUGUUUCACUCAGCUAAUAGGUGAAACUCCCAUCUCCUGGGUUCCCAUCUCCUUGAAUUUAUCCGUCCAUUGUCUAAUGUACUGGUACUACUUUUUAACUUCAACUGGCUAUAAAGUUUGGUGGAAGGAAUGGGUCACAAGAUUCCAAAUUAUUCAAUUCAUCCUAGACUUAAUUUUUGUUUACUUUGCUUCUUAUCAAAAAGUAGCCUUUACCUACUUCAAAGACACUCUUCCCUACUGUGCUGAUUGUGCUGGUUCAACUAAUGCCGCUGUCUGGGGUUGUUGCAUCUUAAGCUCCUACUUGUUCUUAUUCAUUGCUUUUUACAUUGAGGUCUACAAGAAAAAGGGCUCAAAGAAAUCGAGAGCAGUUAAAAGAGUCAAAGGUGGCAUGGCUGCAAAGGUAAAUGAAUACGUCAACAUAGACGUCUCAAAGACCACUGGCUACUCUCCUUCUCCAUUGCGCUCAAACAUCUCAAAAAAAGUUUGA